GCAGGGCGAGGUUGAGCCUCGCUGCAGGAGAGUGUCUAUUUGGGCUUCAAAGUUCUCGGCUGAACCUGUCUCGUUUCAGUUGAUGAUAUUUGUUGUUUUUAUUUGUAUCAGCUGAUUGUUUAUGUUAUCUUGUUUGCUUCAUCUUAUCUCUUUUGCUCAUCACCGGUGUAGGAAAAAGAAAAGACACCCCGCAUACGCAAUUGUCUUCUUGGUUAUGAUAUUCACAUCCCGUCCGUCCAUGCUUGGCUUAGUCCGAGGGAUAUCGGAGCUGUACCUUGUUUGCGAGUGAUUGUGGUUCAUUAGAUAUGACCUGAUUGAGUCAAUUGCAUCAACGGUAGAUAGCCUACCUACAGUUCAGUAGCCUUUUGUGUAGAUAUAUAGUGAUAUUCCCGGUAAUGAGGAAUUGGAUUCUCAGCCGUCAAUUAAAUGCAUGCUGGGCUACCCACUUAUAAGCGGCACGAUCUUCGGGCUCACUUGCAUCGCGACUUUUCCUCAAUUGGCAGGGUAGCUCCCCUCUUCUGUUACCUUCUGUUUGCUUCUGCUCCUCCAUAGCAACUGAACACCUAAAUAAACCCCCACGCUGUGAUCCCGUCUUACUCCCCAAUCCUCUCAAGCAAUAAACUAAACCUUACAUCUCUUCUCUCUUCCGGCGCCUUGAUUUAAUUCCAUUUCCUUCCUCUCCUCACCCAAUUCCUCCUCACAAACUAUCGCAAAUGGCUACCGAAGGCGACUCCCCCGCGCGACCCCGCGUCUUCUUCGAUAUCUCGCUCGGCGGCAAGCCCGUUGGCCGUAUCACCAUGGAACUCUAUGCCGACCUUGUCCCCAAGACCGCUGAGAACUUCCGUGCUCUCUGCACCGGCGAGAAGGGCAUCGGCAAGUCGGGAAAGCCCCUGCACUACAAGGGCUCCAUCUUCCAUCGCGUCAUCAAGCAGUUCAUGAUCCAAGGUGGUGACUUUACUGCUGGUGAUGGCACCGGCGGAGAGUCCAUCUAUGGCAACAAGUUUGACGAUGAAGCUUUCCCCAUAAAGCAUGAGAAGCCUUUCCUUCUGUCCAUGGCCAAUGCUGGUCCCAACACCAACGGCUCCCAGUUCUUCAUAACCACCGUUCCUACCCCUCACCUCGACGGCAAGCAUGUCGUCUUCGGCGAGGUACUUAACGGCAAGUCCGUCGUUCGACAAAUCGAGAACCUUACUACCCAGUCCGGCGACCGUCCCGCAAAGGAGGCUCUCAUUGCCGACUGCGGCGAGCUCAAGGGUGACGCCGCCGUCGCUGCUGACGUGAAGCAGCCCGACGCCCUCGGCGACCCAUACGAGGACUUCCCCGAAGACUGCACAGACACUCUCGAUGCCGUCGCCAUCGUCAAGAUCGCCACGGCCUGCAAGGAGUACGGCAACACUGCCUUCAAGUCAGGCAACUAUUCCCUCGGUCUCGACAAGUACCAGAAGGGUCUGCGCUACAUUAACGAGGACCCUGAUCUUGAGAACCAACCCCAGUCGAUCAAGGACGACCUCCAGGCUCUGCGCUUCUCCCUCAACAACAACUCGGCGCUCCUGAACAUCAAGCUGGAGGCCUGGGAUGACGCUGCUCGCUCCGCUUCUGCUGCCCUUGACGUCCAAGGCGUUAAGGACGCCGACCGUGCAAAGGCUUUCUACCGCCGUGGUCUUGCCAACAUCCGCCUCAAGGACGAGGAGGCUGCUCUGCGUGACUUGAGUGAGGCUAACACCCUUGCGCCCAACGAUAGCGCCAUCACCCGAGAGCUCAACACCGUCCGAACCAAGGCUGCUGCUCGCGCCGCCAAGGAGAAGGCUGCCUACAAGAAGUUCUUCGCCUAAGCGGCUGCAGAGAAGGCAUACCGCAAAAUAGAGAGCGUCAUUUUACUCAUUGCGAGCGGGAUAGAACGCCAGUUGUGUUUGAAAAUUAUAGCAAUGUUUCAUAUGGAAUGAGGGCGGAGGACAUGAUCAAACUUUCUGUAACAUAACCCAUGCGAGGAAAAAGCGGGUUACUUAGGAGUCGGCGCUGAAUGAGAUACCAUCGAAUUGCAAAUAUUGCAAUACUCUAUAAGGAGAUGACGCAUUAUAAAUAUCAGCUUCGUGAUCAACUAUGCCACUUUCUAGUUGCUAUAGUCAUGCUUCGUAAGUCAGGCAAGGCGUCCACGCAUAACUUGGCUUUAGUAAAGAGGGGAUGAUUCUAAUUGUGAUUUGAGUUCAUGGGGGAAAAUCGACAUAUCAUAUAUGUCUUCUUUUCCCCCAGAGUUUAUAUGUCUAUCAGUCAUGCCGAGCAUGAAGGUAACUUGGACUCAAAGUCUUUUAACUUUACGCUAAAAAAACAGAAAUAAAAAUAAAUAAAUUAAGAAAUCCAGAUAUACAUAAUACAACAAAUGAAACGAGAUGAACC